GGGGGCCCUGUGGACUGCCCUCUCCCCCCGCCCAGCCCCACCGCCACCCAGCGCCGGAGCACCUCCCGCUGUCGGUCCUCGGGCCUCGAGGGAGCCCAGCCCUCCGUCCCACCAGGAUCCGUGGCGAGUGGGGGCCGCGGCAGCUGCGUCCCCAUGAGGAGGGGAGGAAGAUGCCGGCUGAGCUGCUGCUGCUGCUGAUUGUUGCCUUCGCCAGCCCCAGCUGCCAGGUGCUCUCAUCACUGCGCAUGGCUGCAAUCCUGGAUGAUCAGACAGUGUGUGGCCGCGGUGAGCGUCUGGCCUUAGCCCUGGCCCGGGAGCAGAUCAACGGGAUCAUCGAGGUCCCAGCCAAGGCCCGAGUGGAAGUAGACAUCUUUGAGCUACAGCGGGACAGCCAGUACGAGACCACGGACACCAUGUGUCAGAUCUUGCCCAAAGGGGUUGUGUCUGUCCUCGGGCCCUCCUCCAGCCCAGCAUCUGCCUCCACCGUGAGCCAUAUCUGUGGAGAGAAGGAGAUCCCCCACAUCAAGGUGGGUCCUGAGGAGACACCCCGCCUUCAGUACCUUCGCUUCGCAUCUGUCAGCCUGUACCCCAGUAACGAGGACGUCAGCUUGGCAGUCUCCCGAAUCCUCAAGUCCUUCAACUACCCCUCGGCCAGCCUUAUCUGCGCCAAGGCUGAGUGCCUGCUGCGAUUGGAGGAACUGGUGCGUGGCUUCCUCAUCUCCAAGGAGACGUUGUCAGUGAGGAUGCUGGACGACAGCCGGGACCCCACGCCACUGCUCAAGGAGAUCCGUGAUGACAAGGUGUCCACCAUCAUCAUCGAUGCCAACGCCUCCAUCUCCCACCUCAUCCUCCGUAAGGCCUCAGAACUGGGAAUGACCUCAGCGUUUUACAAGUACAUCCUCACCACCAUGGACUUCCCCAUCCUGCAUCUGGACGGUAUUGUGGAGGACUCCUCCAACAUCCUGGGCUUCUCCAUGUUCAACACGUCCCACCCCUUCUACCCAGAGUUUGUCCGCAGCCUCAACAUGUCCUGGAGGGAGAACUGUGAAGCCAGCACCUACCCAGGCCCUGCGCUGUCAGCUGCGCUGAUGUUUGAUGCCGUGCACGUGGUGGUGAGCGCUGUCCGAGAGCUGAACCGCAGCCAGGAGAUCGGUGUGAAGCCGCUGGCCUGUACGUCGGCCAACAUUUGGCCCCAUGGGACCAGCCUCAUGAACUACCUGCGCAUGGUAGAGUAUGAUGGGCUGACCGGGCGGGUCGAGUUCAACAGCAAAGGGCAGAGAACCAACUACACCCUGCGCAUCCUAGAAAAGUCCCGGCAGGGCCACCGUGAGAUUGGGGUGUGGUACUCUAACCGCACCCUGGCCAUGAAUGCCACCACCCUGGACAUCAACCUGUCACAGACAUUGGCCAACAAGACGCUGGUGGUCACAACCAUCCUGGAGAACCCGUACGUCAUGCGCCGGCCCAAUUUCCAGGCCCUGUCAGGGAAUGAACGCUUCGAGGGCUUCUGCGUGGACAUGCUGCGGGAGCUGGCCGAGCUGCUGCGCUUCCGCUACCGCCUGCGGUUGGUGGAGGAUGGGCUGUACGGGGCACCCGAGCCCAACGGCUCCUGGACAGGCAUGGUUGGCGAGCUCAUCAACCGGCAGAAGGCAGACCUGGCUGUGGCCGCCUUCACCAUCACAGCUGAGCGGGAGAAGGUCAUCGACUUUUCCAAGCCCUUCAUGACCCUGGGGAUCAGUAUCCUCUACCGAGUGCACAUGGGCCGCAAGCCUGGCUACUUCUCCUUCCUGGACCCCUUCUCCCCUGCCGUGUGGCUCUUCAUGCUUCUUGCCUACUUGGCUGUCAGCUGUGUCCUGUUUCUGGCUGCCAGGCUGAGCCCCUACGAGUGGUAUAACCCGCACCCAUGCCUGCGCGCACGCCCCCACAUCCUGGAGAACCAGUACACGCUGGGCAACAGCCUGUGGUUUCCCGUGGGGGGCUUCAUGCAGCAGGGCUCGGAGAUCAUGCCCCGGGCGCUGUCUACGCGCUGUGUCAGCGGAGUCUGGUGGGCCUUCACCUUGAUCAUCAUCUCCUCCUACACGGCCAACCUGGCCGCCUUCCUCACCGUGCAGCGCAUGGAGGUGCCUGUGGAGUCGGCCGAUGACCUGGCAGAUCAGACCAACAUCGAGUACGGCACCAUCCAUGCUGGCUCCACCAUGACCUUCUUCCAGAAUUCACGGUACCAAACGUACCAGCGCAUGUGGAACUACAUGCAGUCGAAGCAGCCCAGCGUGUUCGUCAAGAGCACAGAAGAGGGCAUCGCCCGCGUCCUCAACUCCCGCUAUGCCUUCCUGCUCGAGUCCACCAUGAACGAGUACCACCGGCGCCUCAACUGCAACCUCACCCAGAUCGGGGGACUCCUCGACACCAAGGGCUACGGCAUCGGCAUGCCGCUGGGCUCCCCGUUCCGGGAUGAGAUCACACUGGCCAUCCUGCAGCUUCAGGAGAACAACAGGCUGGAGAUCCUGAAGCGCAAGUGGUGGGAGGGGGGCCGGUGCCCCAAGGAGGAGGACCAUCGAGCUAAAGGUUUGGGCAUGGAGAACAUUGGCGGCAUUUUUGUUGUACUCAUCUGUGGCCUCAUCAUUGCUGUCUUCGUGGCGGUCAUGGAAUUCAUAUGGUCCACACGGAGGUCAGCAGAGUCCGAGGAGGUGUCGGUGUGCCAGGAGAUGCUGCAGGAGCUGCGCCACGCCGUGUCUUGCCGCAAGACGUCGCGUUCCCGCCGGCGCCGGCGCCCGGGCGGCCCGAGCCGGGCCCUGCUGUCGCUGCGCGCAGUCCGCGAGAUGCGCCUCAGCAACGGCAAGUUGUACUCGGCCGGCGCGGGCGGGGAUGCGGGCGGCGCGCACGGGGGCCCGCAGCGCCUCCUGGACGACCCGGGACCCCCCAGCGGAGCCCGACCCGCUGCCCCCACCCCCUGCACCCACGUGCGCGUCUGCCAGGAGUGCCGGCGCAUCCAGGCGCUGCGGGCCUCGGGGGCUGGCGCGCCCCCGCGUAGCCUGGGCGCCCCCACGGAAGCCACCAGCCCGCCCCGGCCGCGGCCUGGCCCCGCCGGUUCCCGGGAGCUGGCGGAGCACGAGUGAUCACGGGCAGGGCCGUUCGGGCGCCCGAACUGACCGCAGGGACGGGGUCUGCCCCAGGCCCCAGCAGUCCCCGCUCCCCCAGCGGGCGCGGGACAGGACUUGUGCGCUGGCGCCCCGGACGCCACGAUUUUGCCUUUAGUUCCUGGUGAAGUCCGAGGCCCGGCUCUGGAGCCCGCCUGCGCCCUCCAGUGGACUCGCAAGAGGGUGCCGCGGGCGAGAGGGGCGCAGGAACCGAGGACUCCAGGGGCUGGGGACUUCGGGGGCCGCUCUGGGAAGCGGAAAGCAGUCAGCGGGGAGGACCCCAUUCUGGAACUGCUCAGGCUCCCCAAGACUUGACGCAGCCCCCCACGCUUCUGGAGGUGGGGAGGGCCUCUGGACAGAUGGGUGUCCCCUGGUGCCCCUCCACUCUUCUCUUCCUCUCUUUUUUGGGGGGAGAAACCUCGGAAUUUCUAUGAGACCCCCCCCCAGGGAGGGGGUCAGUUGGGCCCCCAUCCCUCCCCUUGCCACAUCUCAGCCCCUGUUGGAAUAAAAAAAAGAACAAAACCCCAGAACUGGG